AAUUGACACCUUGUCAAAAAAAUAUAUUUUUUUUUUACAUAAAGAAAAAGAAAAAAAAAAUAUUUCCUUUGAAAUGCUAAUGCUCCUCCCAUUUCUUUCAUUUCAAGAACCAAGUCACACUACUCACUACAACCCCAGGUUCCCAACUUUGGUGCAUCAUGAAUCGUAAAGUUCACUUUUUUCCUGGUUCAUAGCUAUCCCUUCUCUUUCUUCUAUCUUCAGAUUUGUGUGUUUAUUAGAAUAAUGGAGUGUAGAGUAUUAUUAUUAUUAUUAUUAUUUUCCUGUAUUUAGCUUAGCUAGCUUGACAAUUUAACAUGGUGUGCACUGAGACAUAUAUUCUCAGUAGAACCCAGUUUUUGUCACUAUCAAAUAAUAUUCCACCAAAAAACACUGAUUUGAAUGUUAGGUUCUAUGAACAUGGAUGGUUGCCUCUACUUAAGAGAUGCAAGAGCAUGGAAGAAUUUAAGCAAGUUCAUGCUCAUAUCCUAAAAUUGGGUCUUUUUUGGGAUCAUUUUUGUGGGAGCAAUUUAGUUGCCACUUGUGCUCUAGCAAAAUGGGGUAGUAUGGAGUAUGCAUGCUCGAUCUUCCGGCGAAUCGAGGAACCUAGUAGUUUCGAGUACAAUACCAUGAUUAGGGGGAAUGUUAAUUGUAUGAACCUGGAAGAAGCUUUAAUUCUUUAUGUUGAGAUGCUUAAAAAGGGAAUUGAACCUGACAACUUCACCUACCCAUUUGUUUUCAAGGCAUGUUCAUUGUUAGGUGCUCUUAAGGAAGGAAUGCAAAUUUAUAGCCAUGUCUUUAAGGCAGGGCUUGAAGGUGAUCUCUUUCUGCAAAACAGCUUGAUCAGCAUGUAUGGGAAGUGUGGGGCAAUAGAACAUGCACGUGAUGUGUUCGACAAAAUGAGUGAAAGGAGUGUGGCUUCAUGGAGUGCUAUUAUUGGUGCUCAUGCUAGUGCGGAAAUGUGGCAUGAGUGCUUGAAGCUUUUCAAUGACAUGAUGCAUGAUGGACGCUAUAGGCCUGAAGAAAGCACCUUAGUCAGUGUACUCUCUGCUUGCACCCAUUUGGGAUCUCCAAACCUUGGAAGUUCAGUACAUGGAAUCUUGUUGAGGAACACUACUGAACUCAAUGUUAUUGUGAAAACUUCAUUAAUUGACAUGUAUGCCAAGUGCGGGUGUAUUGAGAAAGGGCUUUGUGUGUUCCACAGUAUGGCUGAGAAGAAUAAACAUUCAUACACUGUAAUGAUCUCGGGCCUUGCUGUUCACGGAUGUGGAAGCGAAGCCCUUAGAAUUUUCGCAGAAAUGCUGGAACAAGGUUUGGCACCAGAUGAUGUUGUCUAUGUAGGUGUGUUAAGUGCUUGCACUCAUGCUGGCCUGGUCAAUGAGGGCUUAGAGUUUUUCAACCGGAUGCAAUUCGAGCAUAAGAUUGAACCAACAAUUCAGCACUAUGGUUGCAUGGUGGACCUUAUGGGAAGAGCUGGAAUGCUUAGGGAAGCCUAUGAACUCAUAAAGAGCAUGCCCAGAAAACCAAAUGAUGUUUUGUGGAGGAGCCUUCUAAAUGCUUGUAAAGUUCACCAUAACCUAGAAUUAGGGGAGAUUGCAGCUGAAAAUAUUUUCAUGUUGAAUCCGCACAACCCCGGUGACUAUUUGGUGCUAGCAAAUAUGUAUGCGCGGGCUCAAAAGUGGGUUGACAUGGCCAAGAUCAGAACUGAAAUGGUCCGAAAAGGCUUGGUUCAAACACCUGGAUUUAGCUUGGUUGAAGUGAAGAGAAGGGUCUACAAGUUUGUUUCACAUGACAAGUCUCAACCCCACUUCCACAGCAUCUAUGCCAUGAUUCACCAAAUGGAAUGGCAGUUGAAAUUUGAAGGCUAUAUACCAGACACAUCACAGGUGUUGCUUGAUGUGGAUGAAGAGGAGAAGAGGCAGAGAUUGAAAUAUCAUAGUCAAAAGUUAGCAAUUGCUUUUGCACUAAUACAUACAUCUGAGGGAUCUCCCAUAAGAAUUUUUAGAAAUCUUAGAAUGUGUAACGAUUGUCAUACAUACACCAAAUUCAUUUCCAUGAUCUAUGAACGAGAAAUUACUGUAAGAGAUCGAAACCUGUUUCACCAUUUUAAAGAUGGAGCAUGCUCAUGUAAAGAUUAUUGGUAAA